AUGAAGGGCUGUAUACAGUGUUUAAGAGUCAUACUAGUAGUUUUCAACUUCCUGGUUGUGCUUAUUGGGUUGGCAGUUUUGGGCUUUUCUGUUUACAUCUACCUGGAACCAGAGGCGCAGGACAUCAUACUUGCGUCGGGACAGCAACAUGCGGUACAAAUCAUGUUAUAUGCUCUUAUGGGUAUCGGUGGAAUUACUUUAGUAAUAGCGUUGUUUGGCUGUUGUGGUGCUUACCAUGAAUCGCAGUGUCUUUUGGGAACAUAUUUCACUAUCCUUAUAGUGAUCUUUGCAACUCAAGUAACAGGAGCCACAUUGGGUUAUUUAUACAGAGAGGAGAUUAUGAAAUAUGUCGAUGAUCGUAUGAGAGAAGGUAUUGAAGAGUAUUCAAUGCUACGUGAUCAACGUGAAAAUCCCGUACCGUUUAUGGAUUCAAUCCAACGUAUGUUGCGCUGUUGUGGUGUCAAUGGUUACGAAGAUUACCGUGAAAGUAUACCCAUUGCAUGUUGUGAUCAUCAUGUAAGCACAUGUCUAAAUGCAUUACUGUCACCCGAAGAAGUUUAUAAAGAAGUGUUGCUUAAACUUUACGUAUUCAACAUUUACUGGCCGAUGCAGAUGAGAUGGGAGACAGGUGUAGCUGAGAAUUCCCAAAGUCUCAGUGUGGAUAUAUACUGCAGCAGAAACUUGAUUCAUGUGGGCUUUUCUGGACACAGCUUGGAAGUCGAGUCACUAAUAUUAGUUUCACACUAAAUGUCGAAGGUGGAGUUGUGUUAAUCGAUCAGGGUCCCUGCAACAGUUUUUAGUGUACAGCUCUUUCAAAUUAGAAAGAAACUGACAAGGGGAAGUCAUUUUUUUGCGAUAUUUCUCUUUACGCCUCAACGAACUACAGGUUGGACGUACUUGAAGGUGAGUUCGGUAGCUAAAUGAAUGACUUCAACAAAGCAUGUUUGAGAGAUAUUGCCUUCGUACUAGGGUUUUUCAAUCAUCAUUUUCACUAUUAUUAACCAAUUUUAAAUCAAACUGAUAUUUUGUGAAAUGUAGAUCGACAAAAUUGUGUUACGUUUUUUAAAAGUUG